AUGUCGUCUCUUUACUAUAAAAAGCUGCGGAAACAACAAAACAAUGAAUCAAGCAGUAGCGAAGAUUCAGAUUCAGAUGUUGAAGUACCGACAAAGAAAAUUAAAGUCACACAGGUAAGCGAGUGUUUCGUUGAACAGAAAACUUGAAAAAGGCAACUUUCAGCCGAGAGUAGAAGAUGUUUCUGUUGGUGCUGAUGACUUAUUUGUGAUUGAUCGAGAUGCUGAUGAAGGUGCAAAAGGAACUUCCGAAAUUCUUCCUCAAGAUCUCUUGGGAAAUUCGCAUUUACAGCCUUAUGAGAUGGAUAAAGAUUUGAAGAAAUUAUUGGAGAAAGCUAUUACUGGUCCUAAAUUUGAAGCAAAUCAUCAACCACAAGUUCGUUUAAUGGGUACAAAUGCUCAAGCUCGACUUCGAAAAACAGAAAGAGAAAAAACAAAAGGAGAUCAAUGGUUCAAUAUGCCAGCAACUGAAUUAACCGAAGAAAACAAACGAGAUUUGGAAAUGUUGCAAAUGCGAAAUGUUUUAGAUCCAUUGGCACAUUAUAAACGAAAUGAUAGAGGUGUUCUUCCAAAAUAUUUCCAAGUUGGAAAAGUUGUUGAUGCUCCGGAAGAUUAUUAUUCUAGUCGAAUGUUGAAAAAAGAACGAAAGAAGACUAUGGUUGAUGAAUUAUUGUAUAAUGAAGAAUCAUUGGUAAAAACAAAGAAGAAGUAAGAUAAUUUAGAUAUUUGUUUUGGAAAUAUUGUGUACAAAUUUUCAGGUACACCGAAAUCAAGCAAGCCGAACAAAAGAAACGGCGUGGAGCUUUUCAAAAAUUCGGCUACAAAAAAUCGCACAAACAACAAAGGGAAGGAAAAAAGAAGUAG